CAGAAGCGCGAGCAGUGCGUACACACAGUCCACAACUCCACGUGCUCACAUCUCGUGCGUAGCCGACGUGCUCGGGAAAGCCUCGUUACUUACUGAGGUCACCAUGGAGAGCGGCCUGCUGCUGCUUCUGGUGCUGUCGGCUCUGGGAACCCCAGAGGCGGCCAGGAUCCUGUCCGUCGUGCCGUUCCCUGCCGUCAGCCACCAGGGACCCCUCAGGACGAUGAGCCUCGAACUGGCCAGGAGGGGCCACCAGGUCACCUUCAUCACCACCAACCCGUCCAAGAAAAGCAUUGCCAACUUCACAGAAAUUGAUAUAUCUGACUCAUACAAUUAUCUGAGACAAGCCACUGAUUGGAUGAUAAUGGCCCGUUGGACUGCAAUCGACAUGGUAUUUUCAUGGAAGCGGUUAGGGGCUGGUGUUUGCGAGGGCGACUUGAAUGCUCCAGAGAUGCAGGAGUUCAUAAAGUCAGCUCCAAAAUUCGACCUGGUUAUUAUGGAACGAUUGCUGACGCCAUGUUUCUACGGCUUGGUUCAUAAAGUGGGCUCCCCACCUCUCGUCGGCUACGUCACCGUCGGGGCGAUUAUUCCCAGCCACUGGACUGAUGGCAACCCAAGCAAUCCCGCCUACCUCACAGACGCGCAUGUUGAAUUUUCACACCGCAUGUCAUUCUGGGAGAGACUUUACAUGACGUUUGUAUGGCUCUACAUGAAUUAUCGCUAUUUCUAUGUAAUGAUACCGGAUCAAGAAGAAAUCCAGAGAAAACACUUCGGGUCUGACAGUCCAUCACUUUAUGAAACUGAAAAAAAUUUCAGCUUGACGCUGAUCAACAAUCACUUCAGUAUAAACUACCCUCGACCCAAUCUGCCAAACACGAUAGAACUCACUGGACUGCAUGUGGAAGCCAACCCACCACCUCUUCCUAAGGACAUACAGGACUGGCUGGACGGGGCAGAACACGGCGCCGUGUACUUCAGCCUGGGUUCCACUCUGCAGGCCAGUACGAUGCCAGAAGAUAAAAGGCUGGAGUUUCUCGAGGGUUUCAAGAAAAUCCCGCAGAGGGUGCUGUGGAAAUGGGAGAAGGACAUGGAAAACCUGCCGCCCAACGUCAAAGUCUCGAAGUGGCUGCCGCAGCAGUCUGUACUGGCACAUCCCAAUGUGCGCGUGUUCAUCACUCAGGGCGGACUGCAGAGCUUUAAUGAGGCCGCCUAUUACGGAGUCCCUCUACUGGGGAUUCCUUUCUUCGGUGACCAGCACCACAACGUGGCGAAAAUGAUCGACGCCGGCAUCGGCAUUGAGCUCAAAUUCUGGGACGUCACGAGAGACUCGGUUCCGGAUGCCAUUCGCGAGCUCAUUGAAGAUAAAAGAUUCAGCGAGAAAAUGAAGGAGUUCUCAGCCGUCUAUCGUGAGCAUAAGGAAGAGAGCCUGCCUAAAGCCAUCUGGUGGAUCGAGUAUGUACUUCGACAUAACGGGGCACCACAUCUGCGCAGUGCAGCAAAAGACCUGACCUGGUACCAAUACCUGCUGCUAGAUGUCAUUGCCUUCGUGCUGGCUGUUGUAGUGAUCUUUUGUAUAGCUCUCUACAGUAUUGCUAGGUUUAUGAUCUCCAAAGUGUUUAAAUCUAAGAAACUGAAAAGUAAUUGAGAACCUAAUCUUCUGUUAUGCAUAAGUGUCAUUAAAUUUUAAUUUAUUGAGAAACUGCGUGAGUAUCUCGAGUGGAAUGGUGGAGCAGAUACAUGUAUCUGUAAAACUCUUUUCAUGAUUGUAUCAUGUGCAAUACAAUGUAUAUAAAUUUUAAAUCUCAUUUAUAUAAUGUUAUGAGUGGGAAAAACUGCGAUUGUGAACUUCAUUGACAUUGCUGUAAUUUAAACUACAGUUUUAGGUUGAGUGGCUGGUUCUAAAAACCAAAAUAUCUUUUACGUGUGUUUCAAUCAGCAACUUUUUUAUGUUUGUAGACAAUUUUCUAAAUAAAAUACUUCAUCCUGUUAUGUCAAGACAGAAUUUGUGUAGACUUUAUACUCCCAUAAUUUAGUUUGUUGCUGUACAUUUACGAAAGUCUCCAAUGUGGAAGUUAAGAAAAUAUGGAGAUUCUAUGAUUUCAUUAAAUAAAAGCUUU